GUUUCUGGCGGGCUGAUUCAAAACAAGAUGGACUUGAUAUCUGCGCUGCAGUUUCUUAAGUUAAAUGACAUUUCAGAAGAGUGGGUAGAGGCAGUGUGGGACCUAGAGUUCACAGAAGGGAAACCACUUGAUAACGCCAUAGAGGAAGAACUCGCCGCCAGUGGAGACAAAGCCUUCAGAUCUCUGUACCAGUGUAUACUGGCCCAUGCUGCUGACCAGCAACAGUCUACAGGCAGCAAUGGAGCUUCACAGAGUAUCUGGGCAAUUCUGGGGGAGAACGGGGUAUCGAUCAGGUCUCUGGUGGCUGUGCUAUCCGUCUUUGUCCAGGCCGGAAAAGCCAAAGCGGCCAACGUCCAGCAGAGGGUGAACGGCCUGUACGCUGCCUCACUCUACCUGCUACUGCUGGGAGCCCCAGGAAGCAUCGCCAACAAGGUUUUCCAUGAAAUUUUGUUGGACACAUGUUCAGACUUAACCUCUCACUGCUGGCCUCAAGACUCUGGAAAGAAGCGCAAGAAAGACAGCCUGAAAAGUUCUCAGACAGAGGGCAAACGCUCUAAACCGCAGCGGAAAGAAACUCCAGAGAUGGAAAUCGAUGAUGGGGAAGACGAAGACGAGGAAGAGGAGCUUCAUUUCUCUAACCAGGACCUGAUGAAGAUUAGAGAUGCUGUGACUUUCCUGGUCCAAAGCCUCCUCAGACUCCUGCAAACAUUUCCACUUAAAGAUCGACCACAGAGCGCCAGUAAUUUCACUCAGAUCUUUAGUAAGCUGCUUUACUUUGAACCCAUCGUUGGCGAGCCAAGUUUUGCUGCCGUACAAGAUGUCACCAAGCUGAGGAGUGUUCCUGAGAUGGCUUUCUAUGGCCUACAGCUGCUUUGCUCACCAAAACAUGGAGACCAGAGAGAAUCUCUACGAAGGGUUUUCCACCGGCUUCUCUACGUGAUCCUGAUGAUGAAUAAAGGCAACAGAGGGAAGCCCUCCCUCCUUGCACCCAACCAGGCUAUCCUUGCUACACGUCACCAGACCAUCCAAUUUGUUUGUCAUCUUGUGGGUGAGCUGAAGGAGCUGGCACUGCCUUUCCUGCAAAUCCUCCUGCAGCACAUCUGCUUCCAGAUGGUGGAAAAGAACGAGUUUCGAGGCCAUGGCGCCCAGGCUGUGGGUAUGCUGACGUCUCAGAUGGCAAAUUCAGACUACGCCCGCUUCAUCAAGUGGCUGUUUACAUUCUCCAGACAGUCAAAGAUGGUCCACCGACUGUUCUCCAUUGAUGUGGUGAUGGUUUUACUGGAGCAGCAAGAGAGGACAGAGGAAUGUCAAGAUCCAGAGCUUUCCUGCUUCCUGCCACACAAGUUCCUGAUCCAGAACCUGCUGUUUGCUCGGCGGAUGGAUGAAUCACCCACCGUCCAAGGCCAUGCCCUCACCUGCCUGGCCCAGUGUCUGGAGUUGCCCUCACUCAACAUCACACAGGCUGUUCACAACCUCUUCUCUGCCACUGGAUCCCACACUGUCUUGGAUGGUGAUAUCCCAGAAGGAACUCUGGGUUCUCAGCACACUCAGAAAACGUACCGCACACUGCCGUUUAGGACCGUAGAGAUCAGCAGCGCUGACAGCUCCAUCUGUGACGCAAAGGAGAACCUGGCUCUUCUUCUGCGACGUGUAAAAGACUCAAAGACUAACGUGAGGAAAUCAGCACUACAGGCUUUGGUGGGUCUCCUGAAACACAGUGUAAUCGCCAUGAAUGAGGAGAACCUAAAAACUCUGUCGGAGCGCUCCAGAGACCCGGCUGUGUCUGUGAAGAAGAAGGCCUUGCAGUGUGUGGGGGAGCUGCUCGCUGCUAAACCAGAGUGCAGAGAGGUGCAGAAGGCGUGGCUGCAAGGUGUGGUGCCAGCUGUGGUGGACUCUGAGAACUCUGUGCAAGACAAGGCCCUGGAGGCUCUGGACCAGGUGCUGCUCAGUCAGAUCAAACAGUACUCUGCCAGAGACCACUUGGGUGUUGGUCAGAGGCUGACCUGGGACCUGUUGGACCUGCUGUGUAGCGAGUGCCGGAACCUGAGCCCCUAUUUCAGUAGGGCCUUCACCAUCUGGUCCAAACAGAACAAGUUCACGUCAACAUUCAUCACCAACCUGAUAUCACACACUGAGGCUGAUCACGCUGCUGGGGCGUGGCUGCUGCUCUCCAAGGUUGUCAUUUCAUCCCACAGACUGCCCUAUGCCAAAAUCCUGGAUGCCUGGGACACUAUGGUCAGCUCGAAGGAUGUGAAUGUGACGACCUGCUGUCACAUCCUGUGUGUGAUAGGAGACAUUGCUGCACAUUUGAAUGAGGAUACCAAAGAGAGGAUAGUUACUGAUCUCAUGUCGUGGCUGAAAACCUUCGCUUUGUCUCUGGAGGUGAUCAGUGCUGCUGUGGAGACUCUUUAUCAACUUGGCAAACACGAAGACCUCAAACAGACUCAGGCUUUUCUGAACCAGCACUUUGGUAAUCUGGUGUCAGUCUGCGAAGCUCAUUUAACGAACAUCAUCCUGAAGGAAAAUGGAACCCAGAACCUCAAUGAAGAGAUGAUGGUUAAGUACCUCCACACUCUGGGUGUGGCGUCACUCCACUGUCCUGCUAAGGUCACAAAGAGGACGGUGCUGCUGGUGGAAUCUGUCCUUACAACACAGCCUGACACAGUGGCAGAGUGCCAGGAAGAGCUGCCAGCCUCACUGCCUCUGUCCCAGUUCAAAGCAAACUCUCUGCCCACCAAAGUCAGAGCCCACGGAGUCAUCACAUUAGGUAAAAUGUGUCUGCAGCAUGAAGAACUAGUCCAGAAGUAUCUGCCGGUGUUUGCCAGGGAGCUGGAAGUUGGCACGGAGGUUGCAGUGCGCAACAACGUUGUGGUGAUAAUGUGUGAUCUGUGUGUUCGAUACACCAACAUCGUGGAUCACUACAUCCCCAACAUCUCUGCCUGUCUGCGGGACAGUGAAGCUGUCAUCAGGGAGCAGACUCUCAUAAUGCUGACCAACCUGCUUCAGGAGGAAUUUGUGAAGUGGAAAGGCUCGCUUUUCUUUCGCUUCAUGGUAGCGCUGGUUGACCCAGUCCCUGCCAUCGCCAGUCUGUGUGAAUACUGCCUACUCCACCUGCUGCUGAAGAAGACCCCAGAAAUGUUCAGCCAGCACUUCAUUGAGUGCAUCUUCUACUUCAACUCUUACAACAAACACAGUUCUUAUAACAAGUUCCCUCAAACUGAGAGAGAAAAGGUUCAGUUCUCUCUGAAAGGAGCUCAGCACCGCAAGAAGCGCUUUCAGAUCUACCACUUCCUGUUGGAGCACUUCACAGAUGCCCAGCGUUUCAACAUCACCAAUAAGAUCAGCCAGACCAUCUUAGCAUGCUUUGCAGAUGAGGAGCUGCCUCUGGAUGCAGAUGGUGCUGAAAUUUUGUCAGAGACCUUCAACAUCCUGAGUCUGAAGGAGAUGAAGCUGCAGGCCAUGUCAACUCCAACUGUAGGUUCGACAGGGGAGGAACCAGAGGAGGAGAACAUGGCAAAGGCCGUCCUGCAGGUUGCACAGAAGAAGGUGGUGUCACAGGUCCAGAAGAAGGCCUUCAUAGAGAACACAGUUCCUCUAAUCAUCAGCCUGAAGAACCUACUGGAGCAAAAGCGUUCCCCCGUUCUCAGAGACCUCAUGUCUUACCUCCAGGUGACGAUGCAAGACUACCGUAACGAGGUGAAGGAGUUUUUCUCUGGAGACGAGCAGCUGGCAGCUGAAGUGGAGUUUGCUCUGAAGACGUCAGAGAAGGACAGAGAAAUGCAGAAAUGUAUGGACAGCUGCAGCCUGACAGAAAAGGCCAAGAUGCCCUCUGCACAGGCUUCAGUUCCGGGUUCUCCUACCAGAUCCAGGGCCCUCCUUCAUUUUGGCUUUGCCACACCGCAGCCGCUUCGUUCAAACCCAGAUUCUGCCAGACUGGCACACACUGUCAGCCAUGCACGCAGAUCAAGACGAGAGGAUCAUGUCCAGUCUAAAUCAAUCAUGCUGGAAGGAACAGUGGUGCCUAGAGGAGCUGUAAACGACAGAGCCAUUAGCACACCCAAAGGCGUCAACGUCAACUUAACCUUUGAUGAAGGAGUCAGUGCCAUCUUCAGUGACCACGGAACAAGUCUUGGUAGGGAGGACAGUGUUCUUCAUGUGCAAGCUCCUGAACUGAGGCAGUGGAAUGUGCAGUCUCCUUUGCGCCAGAAGAAAAGAUCAUCCAAAGUUUAGCUGGCAUGCUGCUUGUUUCUGUUUUUUGUCUUGGCUCUAACUCCCCCUCUUACACCCUUAUUUCCACUACAUGCUGUUGACUGUUGUCUCUGUUCUUUAUCUUUUAUAAGUUUGUGUCACUGUUUGUCUUUCAUCUUUUUGCUAAUAAAGCUCUUGUACAAAUCUAAACAAACAAGU